UACGUCACUACCGGAAAGGCUGGGGGACGCCAGGAAGAGUACGGCGUUCAUCUGUCGCUGAAUGAGGCGGAACCACGACAUCCAUUCAUUUACGUUUUCCCCUAAACUCUUGGGUCUUAGUCAAGCAUUGCAGGAAACAUACAAUCGCUGUUUGUCUCAAGUUAUCCAGAUUAACGAAGGUGUGGAUGUGUGCUGGUGUUGCCGGAGACAACAGCCGGGCGGUGAGCACAAAGGUCUGCGCGCGUGCUGUCGCCUCGUGCCUUUGUGUUGGGGGAACCCCGCGUGAGCCAUGUCUGUGUCCGUGAUCAUCAAGUGGGGAGGACAGGAGUACUCCAUCAGUUCUCUGUCCGAGGAGGACACCGUGAUGGACCUGAAGCAGUCUAUUAAGAGCCUGACUGGGGUGUUGCCCGAGAGGCAGAAACUGCUGGGGCUAAAGAUUAAAGGUAAACCUGCAGAGGAUGAGUGUAAGCUGGGCUCUUUAAAACUAAAGCCUAACACUAAAAUUAUGAUGAUGGGCACCAGAGAAGAAAGCCUGGAAGACGUUUUAGCGCCUCCUCCAGACAACGACGAUGUUGUAAACGAUUUCGACAUUGAGGAGGAGGUCAUAGAGGUGGAGAACAGAGAGGAGAAUCUCGCUAAAAUAGCUCGCCGAGUCAAAGACUAUAAAGUGGAGGAGCUGACCCCUCCCAGAGAAGGCAAGAGGCUCCUGGUGUUGGAUGUGGACUACACUCUGUUUGAUCACAAGUCGUGUGCUGAGACGGGUCAGGAGCUGAUGAGACCGUACCUUCACGAGUUCCUCACGUCUGCCUAUGAGGACUACGACAUCGUCAUCUGGUCCGCUACAAGUAUGAAGUGGAUAGAGGCCAAGAUGAAAGAGUUGGGAGUGACGGACAACCCAAACUACAAGAUUACCUUCAUGUUGGACAGCGGAGCCAUGAUCACAGUCCACACCCCGAAGAGAGGGGUGGUGGAGGUUAAGCCUUUAGGUGUGAUCUGGGGGAAGUAUGGAGAAUUUUACAGCAGGAAGAACACCAUCAUGUUUGAUGACAUUGGACGAAACUUUCUCAUGAAUCCACAGAAUGGACUAAAGAUCCGACCCUUCAUGAAGGCCCACCUGAACAGGGAGAAGGACAGGGAGCUCUCUAAACUGGCUCAGUACCUGAAAGAAAUCGCCAAGCUUGAUGACUUCAGCGGACUUAACCAUAAACAUUGGGAGAGGUACUUGUCUAAGAGGCAGCAGCACUGAGGAAAGAGCCAACCCUCUACAAACACUUGGGCUACAAACAACAACCCCAGUUCUUCGGUUCUCCCCAACCCACACGCAUAUUUGUCCAUCACAGGUCCGUCUGUCCAAGCAGCCCCGUUGGACUUAAGCCACUAAUUAACCCGUAACCUUGCAGAGGUCAACGCUGCUAAGCUCAGAACUGACGUGUCCUUCCCCCCCGUCGUAUUUGCAUGGUGUCUGAACAUUAUUUCCCAAAUACACUCUUUAAAUUUCUUGCCGUGAAAUGUGGCAAAAAAACUCCAGACUGGCUACCAGCUGAGGAUGGUCCGUCACUAACACACAGUCAAGUCCACAGUGGCCUACAGAUAAACAGCCAUUCACGUCUGCUUUGUCACAGAACUGCAGGAAAUCAAGGAAUAUGUUCCCGUCUGGCGCGCCAAGAAGGCUAAAACGGAUUUGCAUUCUGGUCCAGAAAGCUGAAAUGGCACAUUUCAUAACAAAUAUCAAAGCGUGUUCAUAGUGCGGGGGAACAUUUCUAGUUUGACCUUCACAGAUGGACAUAACAUAUCUGUUUGUCACUAAGAACUAUGAUUUUUUUUACACGUUUUUUUUGUUUUUUUUUGAAGAGCACUGCUCCAGACAAAAAGAUUUCCUCACUGCUUUACACCGUUUCCCCUACAGCAAUAUGCAAGAAUUAUUAAAGUGAGCUAAAAAAAAAAAAAAAAAGAGUGUGAUCAUCAGACAAUGAGCCUGGUUACAUCACUAAUCCAUUCACUGGACUGAAUCGCACGUUUUGCUGUAGUGUAUUCAUGAGUUACGUGUGCAGCGGCGGUCCAGCAUCCACGGCCGGAUGGGCGUUUGAUGCAGAUUUGCCAAAAAAAAUGUGUUUGAACUGGUUUUUUUUUUUUCUUUUUUUGUUUGUUGUUUUCUUUUUGCUGCAUGUAAUUUGUACAUGCUGAAUUUGAAACGUCGCCAGAAACUAAUUUAAACAUGGGUCUGUUGUUUCAGUUUGCUCCGUUUUUGUUUGAACUUUUUACCAAACAGUGGAAGUCUUAUUUAAACUAUUUCAGUCGUUACUUAAAUUCAGCUGAAGCUAAAUGAGGGAGAUGUAGUUUACCAUUUCAUGAGAUGAUAUCAGUGUCUGCCUUUUUGUUUUCUUAUGAUCUUCCUGUAAAUUUAACCAUAAAACCUUUUUUGUAUUAAA